CGACGCCAUCGAUUAAUCUGCGUACAUAUGUUGCGUGCAUGGUGGUGUGUGUGUGAGAACAUUUUCACAGUCGUAACUGUUUCCUUCUCGCCAAUUGUUUUUGUAGAGUGUCUAAUUAUCCGAGAUUAUUGCGGAGCAUUAAAACUCGUUAAAAAUAUGAUUAGUCGUAUUCGACCACGUCUUGUGACCUUCGAUGUGACCGGUACGCUGCUAAUGACCAAGCUCGAGGAGCAUUAUGUCGAGAUCGGGUCUCAGCAUGGUUUAUUUGUCGAGCCAAGAAAAUUGGCGCGAAGUUUCAAGAACAAUUUUAUGCAACUUAGUAAGGAACACCCGAUAUAUGGCAAGCACACCGGACUGGGAUGGAGGAACUGGUGGAGAACAAUUGUACAUAAUGUGUUUAAGGAACAACAUACCUCCGUGUCGAUAGAUACAUUGGACAAAGUUGCUGAUAGUCUAAUAAGUUGCUACGGCACCAGCAGAUGCUGGUGCAAAUACCCUGGUACCAUAGAUUUACUUGACUUCUUACAAAAGAGGAAUGUUGUGUUAGGAGUUAUCUCGAAUUUUGAUCAACGUUUAGAAUCAAUUCUUGAAGAUACACAAAUUCGCCGGUAUUUCUCCUUUGUUUUAACUUCAUAUGAUCUUGGAAUCGAAAAGCCGAGUUUACCAAUAUUUGAGGAGGCAUUAAGACUAGUAAAAUAUUUUCAAGAGAAGGAAAUAUUACCUCAAGAAGCAAUGCAUAUUGGCGACAGAGUGGAUAAUGAUUAUUUUGGAGCAAAAAGCGCUGGUUGGAAUGCUUUAUUAAUAAAGCAUCACAACGAAGUCAAUGAAGGCACAGUGCCCAAGGAAGAUAUUUUUGAAAGUUUGAAGGAACUUCAAAAACACUUUGACAAAGUGCUUAGGAUGAGUUAAGUGAUUAUAAUAGUGAUAAUGUAUGUAGUAUUAUUCGAUGAAUAUUAUAUUUAUUUUUGUUUAAUAAUGAUAAUGAUAAUUUUUAUAAUUUAGCUAAA